AACUCGUAUUUAAUAUAAUAAUUAAUAGUAGUCUCGUAAUCUUUUCCCUAUGCGUAUAUGUCCGCGAUCGUCGCUGUUGCGAUUAUGAUUCGUCUGUAGAUGUAAUAAUAAUAAUAAUAAUAAUAGUAAUAAUAAUAAAAAAAUUAAUUUUUUUUUCCCCGAAAAGAAAUCAUUUUCCUCUCUCUAUCGACGACGACGAGAGGACGCCGACCGCGUACCGAGAACGCGCCCGCAAACAGUCGCCAGUCGCCACGACAUAUCGGCCGCGAUGUCCGCUUUGACCGCCGGGGUGCAAUACAGUCUGUCGUCGAACCAGAACAAUGGCCUUAUGCCCAAACAGAGGACGGGCAAGAACAAAACGCUGUUCUUCGUCAAGCUGACCGAUUCCUGUCUGAAGGCCGUUGAGGAUUACUUACGGUGCUGUCAACAGGGUAACUCAGAAAACCUUCCAAAACCUAGAAUACAAUUUAAAGGCAAUGAAGGCCAAUUAUGCGUACCGAGCAUAUCAAAAAAUUAUACAUUUGACUUUAGUUUAUCCAAUAAUGAUAUUGCUGCUCCCCGGAGUAGCUUUGAAUGUAUUCGUCAAAAUACUUCAAGAUCAUUAGAAUAUGUUGGUACCUUGAAUAGACAUAUACGAGUACUUGCAAAUGAUGAUGUAUAUGAAGCUACUAGACAUAGAAUGGUUGCUGUCGAAGAAUUACAUAAGAAAUCAUGUACACGGGAAAUUGAACUUGACAGCAAAUCAGCUCUUAGUCGCAAAAUUCGAAAAAAUCCCGCUCAAAUAAGAGCUAGCCGUCAUAAUAAUAAUACUUAUAAUAAUGUUAAUAUUACAAAUAACGUUCCAAAACCUAUAAUUUCCAAACCUAUACCCCCGCAUAUCCCUUCACCAGCCAAUCAUGCAUCAGAUAUUAGUAAAAAACCAUUACGAGAUAGAAUUAUUCAUCUUUUAGCGUUAAGGCCAUACAAGAAACCAGAAUUAAUUAGUAUAUUAAAUAGAGAUGGUUUAAAAGAUAAAGAUAGAACACAAAUUAUGUCAGUUCUUAGUCAUGUAGCACAAGCAAAAGAUAAUGUAUACUAUCUAUUAAGGCAUAUUUGGAAUGAUGUACAAGAAGACUGGCCAUUUUAUAGUAGUCAAGAUCAUAUUGUAUUAAAACGACGAAAGCCUCAAAAUUUAACACCUCCUGGAUUGAGUGAUACUGGAAGCUCUGGCAGCAGUGAACAAUCUCCAAGUAGCACUGUCCCCAGCAGUCCUCCUAAUAAUGUGCAUGGUAACAAAAGGCCUGGUUACUACAAUAGUGCUGAUGGUUUCCAGACAAAAAGAUUGCGUAUUUCACAUUUUAAACGACCAUCGCCUGAAAAAAAAUUAUUAUCAAACAGUCCUCCACCAAUUGUAUCUAGUACUCAAUCAACAAUAAGAUCACCUACUCAUGCACCUUCUCAUACUAAUCCAAUACCAAAAUAUAUUCAAGAUUUUGUACGAAUAACAAACAAGGAGCAAAAGAAGCAAUAUAAAUCAGAAUUCAUGAAAUGUCAUAAAGAAUAUAAACACCUGGCCGAAAUUAUGGAUCCUGUUCGAAAUAAAUUUGCCAAGUUAAAAGAUCGUAUGUUGCUUUAUCCUAAAGGUUCAAAUGAAUAUAAGAUUUUAGAAAACCAAAUAUUACAAGAAUAUAAUGAAAGAAAACAUGAUGAUAAAUAUCAAGCAGCUAAAACACGUUUUGACUAUCUUCAUAAUAAAUUGUCUCAUAUUAAAGAUCUGGUGCAUGACUAUGAUAAACACAAUCCAGUGUUGAUUAGAACUGCAACCCCAGAUUCUUCUUGCCUGUGAGCAAUCAAUUAUUUAUAAUAUUAUUAUUUUUUUUUUUCUAUUUCUUUUAAAUACAAUGUAUAAUUAUUCUAAAUGACAAUUUUUAUAAAACCCAAAUUAGUUCCAUAGCACAAAAGAGAUAGAAAAAUCAGUGACUAAUCACUUAAUGGUUCGCUCAAUGUUUAAAAACUCAGUGCAUUUAUAAUUUUUUACUGUCUUAACAUUGGUUACCGGCUCCAUUAUUUGAUAUGAGCCUAAUGAUAACUUUUAAUGAUUUAUUGUUUUUUUUUUUUUUUUGUCGGGGGGAUUUGGUAUUCAAAUUUAAGAUCUAUUAAAAUACCGUUAAAAAAAUAUGAUUGUGUUAAAACUUAGCCAGAAAUAUUUAUUUUAUUUUUAUUUUUGUUUGUAUUAAAGUUUAACACUAAAGAUCAAAAUUGUUUAUCACACAAGUGCUUGUUUUCUUAUUUUGGAUGAGCUUGAAGUAUGGCAGCUGUAUACACAUGUAACUAAUUAGUUUCCUAUUGGCUGUUUGGAAACAUUCAUACUUUUAAUUUGUUAACUUAAAUUUAGGGUUGUGUCAACGUACGACAUGUAUCCAAUUAUAUGCCAUGCGAUUGGUUUCAAUUAUGUUGGUUUAUUCAAAUUAUGCAUAAAGUAAUUUUUUCAAUUACAUUUAUUAUAUAAAUGUAUGGUGGUAAUUAUGAAUUUGAUAUUGACAUGAAUACGUAUUACGUAGCAAGUUUAAAUGUUUUUUAUUAUUAUUAUUAUUAUUAUUAUUAAUAUUAUUGUGAUUAUUAUGUUAUAUUGUUUUUUAUUUUUAUGAUUAAAAACAAAAUCCAAGUCUUACAAACAGUAAGAACUUGGUAUACAUCUUAAUGUUUUGAAACUAUUAAAUUUAGCUUUUACAUGGUAUACAAUUUAAUAUUAUUUUUGUUAGGAUAUAGUCAUUGAUAUUUUAAUAAUUAAAAAAAAAAAAAAAUAAUUAAAAAAAAUAUAUAGUUGUUUAUUUAUUUUUAUAUUUUUAAAUUAACAAACACCAAAUAGAAAUUUUAGAAACAAAUAAAUAUUAUUCACAGCUAGUAACUAUAUAAAUAUUUUUAUGAAAAAUUAAUAUUAUUAAAGCAAAACAAAAUUAUCUCAGAUAAAUCAUGUAUUAUAUUUAAGUGAAUAUUAAAAAGUAAAUAUUAUUUUAUAUAUUAAUGAUAAAUUAGUAAAUACAUUUAAAUAUUUUAGUUUAAACUUAGCUUAAAGAAGUUAUUUUUUGAAUGAAACAUUAAAUUAACCAUUUAAUAAUCUUUCAUUACAAGUAUUGACAUUUAAACUUGCUAUGUCUAUAAUAAUAGUUUAUAGUACAAUUUGGGAAGCUCAUUCAUCAAAUUAAAUGCAGUUAUAAAAUAUCAACCAAGACUUGUAUAUGUUAGGGUUUUACAUUAUUAUUAAUUUUUAACACUGUGAUAUCUCGAAUGUUUUGCCCUAAAUAAAAAUGAUUUGAAGACUGAAA